UGCGGCUUAUUUACCGAAUCCAUCUGUCACCUACCUACCUUGCCCUUGCCAAGACCCAAGACAAACAUCCAUCCAUAGACUCUUACUUGACUUCCUUUUCCUCCUUUCACAAUGAUCCAAGUUCCUCGACAGCCCUUUUCCACCGCCGCCCGUAUCCACCCCAACAUCGUCCCUCACCUUCGACCCCAGAAGAGAAUGCCCUUUGGCAGGUGGGUCAAGCCCGUUGGGGCCGUUUUGGUUGUAGGCUACGGCGUCAAGACCUACCUCGAAAUGGUUCAAACACGCCGCAUGGCCCAGAUUGAGGCAAUGGAACGCGAGAAUGCCGCCUUCAAGGAGCGCAACGAGACCCUCAUGAACAUGUACGGCGAUCGAUCCAGUCUCAAUGAGCUCGAAAAGGCCAUCGAGUUUUACGAGAAGCGAUAAAUCAUCACGCCCAUGACAACCAAAACAUGCACCAUAAAACAACAUAAAAAAAAAGAACCAGCCUGGAUGGGAUUCUCGUCCUCCCUUAGCAACUUGUUUGAAGCGACACCACCCUGGAAAACGGGUCGGCCUCGGAAUUCACUGGACGGAUAUCACGACGAUUUGAAGACAUCAGUCGGCAUUUGCAUGGAAACGGCGUUUAAAGGGAUACCACUUGCGGGAUUAUCAUUUGAGAAUGGCGGAAUAUUUUUGGUGUUUUUUACACCUCGCGGCUCGGAAUCACAUCGAUCCUCGGUCAUCGUCGACACCCCCAAGUAUUUGGGACAUCUCGACUCGGAGCCGACGGCCUCGGUGAUCAUAUGCCCGGCUACUGGAUAUGG